GUGCACGGUCUCCACCAGGCGACCCUUCCCUGAGGCGCCUCACCCUCCUGCUCCAGAUCUGAAGAGCCGCUUCCAUCCUGUCAGUACCCCUGGAGACCUCAGUAUCAACCCCUUCUCAUCUCUUCACCUAAUUUCUGCAGUUUCCAUCUGGUCCUUCAGCCCGGGAGGGGGCGGGGCUGAAAGUCACCUGGAAGGAGCUGGGGCUGGCACCUGAGCAGAGCAGCAAGAGCUCACAGAGCUGCUUCCUAGGGAUGGCCUCAGAGACACCCUUGAUGAAGAUGUGGGAGGAGGUCACAUGUCCUAUCUGCCUGGACCCCAUGGAUACGCCCGUGAGCAUCGAAUGUGGCCAUGGCUUCUGCCAGGAAUGCAUCUCUGAAGUGGGGAGAGGGGUGGGGAGCGUGUGCCCUGUGUGCAGGCACAAGUUCCUGCUCAGAAACCUCCGGCCCAACCGGCAGCUCGCCAACUUGGUGGAGAACCUUAAGCAGAUGGGCCAGAAUACCAAGGAGGGCACACAGGGGGAGAAGUGUGCUGUGCACGGAGAGAAGCUUCACCUGUUCUGUGAGGAAGAUGGAAAGGCCCUUUGCUGGGUGUGUUCCAAGUCCCAGAAACACCGUGACCAUGUGCUGCUGCCGCUAGAGGAGGCUGCUCUUGAGUACCAGAAGAAGCUGCAGGUUGCAUUGGGGAAACUGAGAAAAGAGCAGGAGUUGGCUGAGAAGUUGGAAGUGGACAUCGCAACCGAGAAAGCAAAUUGGAAGAGGAAAGUUGAGAAGCACAAACUGAGGACUCAUGCAGAGUUUGAGCAGCAGAAAAACUUCCUGACUAAAGAGGAGCAGAGGCAACUGCAGAAGCUCGAGAAUGAUGAGAGAGAGGAGCUGAGGAUCCUGUGGGAGAAGGAGACUGAGCUGACCCAGCAGAGCCAGGCCCUACAGGAACUGAUCUCAGAAAUGGAGAGGAGGAGCCAGGGCUCAGCGCUGGAACUGCUGCAGGAGGUGAAAAAUGUUCUGGAAAGGAGUGAGUCCUGGAGCCUGAAGGAGCUAGACAUUGCCUCUCCAGACGUGACGACCAUCUGUCAUGUGCCUGGGCUGAAGAAGAUGCUGAGGACAUGUGGAGUGCACAUCACCCUGGAUCCACACACAGCCAACUCGAUGCUCAUUAUUUCAAAAGAUCUGAAACAAGUGAGGCUUGGAGACACCCCCCAAGCAGUGCCUGAGAAUGAGAAGAGAUUUGAUAGUUAUCCCAUGGUGCUGGGUGCCCAAUGUUUUGAUUCUGGAAAACUCUACUGGGAAGUAGAUGUGACAGGAAAGGAUGCCUGGGAUCUGGGGGUCUGUAGAGACUCCGUACAGAGGAAGGGAUAUUUCUCGCUGUGUCCCGAGAAUGGCUUCUGGACAAUUUGGUUAUGGAACAAGCAUUAUAAGGCUGGCACCUCCCCCUCAACUUCCCUCCACCUUCAAGUGCCUCCAUGCCAGGUUGGGAUCUUCCUGGACUGUGAGGUCCGCACGGUCUCCUUCUACAACAUCACUGACCAUGGCUCCCUCAUCUAUAGCUUCCAUGAAUGUACCUUUGCUGGACCUCUGCGGCCCUUCUUCAAUCCUGGUUUCAAUGAUGGAGGAAGCAAUGCAGCCCCUCUGACCCUCCGUCCACUGAGGGUGGGGUGAUAGGGUCCACUGGCUGUUGGCUGGCUCUGUCUACACUGACACCCCUCUGUUGGCACCCUUCAUUGCUAUAGGAGACUACCAUGAGACAAACUUUUAGAUGGGUUUGGAGCAAAUAUAUCAACCAAAACAUGUUUUUACCUUCUUUAUGUGACUCAAGUUUUUGGUGGGUUUUUUUUUUAAUUUCUUUUCUUUUUCCAUCUCCUGUUCUUAAAGGUCUUCCUAGGUACAAUGGGUUUCAAAUCUGUCCCAUUCAGUCUUUCCAACUUGCACACAUCCGAUCACAAGUGAUAUGAUCAGUUGUGAUCAGGUGGCUGUGGGAGUAUAGUUGGAAGCUCUAGUCACUGCCUGAAGAGAUCUGACCUAGCCAUGAGGGAACUGAUUUAUGAAGGCAAAGGCCUCCUGGGGCUGUCACAGCUCUCUGGUCCACAGCUCUGGCCAUCACAGUCCUGAGAGGUGUUUGUAUUCUCAGUAAGCUUGACCAGUAAUGGUGUUCCAGUACCCAAAAUUCUAACCAAGAAGUGCCCAGGCUUCAUGUCCAUCCCUAACUUAAGUGUUCUUAGCAAAUGGCAAAUUCCUGCUUCCCCUGGGACACACAAUUCUCUAUUCUUUCUGAAAUGUCUUUCUUAUGGAAACAUUACACCUGACUUUUGCAGAGUAAAUGUUGUCUCCACUUAAAAAAAAAGGGAAUGUAUUUGCAGUAUUCAUGACCAACAGUCUAGAACUGAAAGGGCAAAGGGCCUAUGGUCAGAAUCAACAGGUUCUGGAGAACAUAAAACUCGUUUUGAAAAAUGCAAACAUAGAAUCACUUGCCUGAGGACCCAAAGGAGAAGUAGCAGUUUGAAGUUUAGGAACUGUGAAUGAGUUUCACUUCUUGAACUUGAAGCAAUUACUGAAAAAGCAAGAGCCAGCUUGAACUCUCUGGUAAAAUUACACUGGCAAGUACAAAAUAUUACAUCAUAAAUAUAUCUCCUUUUUUUGAUGAGGGUGGGCAUAUACACUGGUUUGCAGAGGUGACACUCUAUAGGGUGAUGUGACCAGCAAAAGUGAAUGCUAAGGUUAGCUAGCACCAAUGGCUAAAAGUAAGCCACAGGAAGGCUUGUGCAUAUCCCUGAUUACAGCUGUGCUAAGCUGUGCAUUCAUACUACAAUGUUCCUUAAACUAAGGCCAGAAAACACAUCCUACGCUCAUUACAACAUCAGAUGUGCCUGCAUCCUGUGCUACAGCAUUGAUCACCAAGCCCUGCAGAAGAGUUUAUAUUUCUGGACACUACAGACAGUAACAAUGGAAGAGACUAGUCUUGACAGUCUACCCCAGGGCACUGAAGAGGUUCUUGAAACCAAACAAGAAAAUAAGACCCAACAAGCAUAAAUCUUAGACCCUGAAAAACACACCAAAGAGGCAGAGGACGGGGGAUCAGGACAAUGGGUAAAGGGGGUCAAUUUGAUACAAUAUGAAAGCAACAGAACAUCAUUAGUGAAUAUAGUAGGGGAUAUAUACAUACAAAGGUG